AGCGCUCUAUCGCUCGCAAACUUCACUCCUCGGAUUGAAAAUCUACCCUCGCGGUGCCACGCCGUCUACACGACGCAGAUCCAGGGCUGCCAGGCCGGCGACUUCACCACCCAAAGUGGCACAUGCAGCUCCCAAUGCGUAAGCGGGCUCGUAACCAUCAUGCAGGCGGUGGAAACGGCCUGCGCCGGCGUCGAUGUACCGGAGACCAGUGUCAUUGGAAUCUUUUUGCUCGGCCUAGGAGUUCAAACACUGUGUCCCGGUAUUGAGGUCGUCACCCUGAAUCCGUCCAGCACUACGUCACCAACCUCACGGCCCACCACAUCUCCAGCGCAGACAACGAGUGCAACGUCUGUACAGACGCGGACCUCGCCUACAACGCCUACCACGAGCUCUCCUGGCGGGAUUUCAGUUGAUCCGUCGGUUCCGACUACGUUGGCAACGUCAGCUUUGCCGCCCGAACAGAGCACCCCUCCACCGGAAUCUCCAGCACCGAACACUCCCGGUAGCCUGCAGAAGUCGAAUGCCGAUUCGGGAGGAGGUUCUCCAUUCGAUAUCACCGCCACUGGCUCGUCCGUUUCUCGAUCUUCAUUACAGAGUACGAUGGCUGCCGCUGUUCUG